AUGGCAUCACUGGCAUCCCAUUUCUCGGCCUUCCUCCUCCUCUUCCCCGUAGGCCUCCGCCGCCUCCACUUCUCCUCCUCUCUCUACCUCAAAAACCCAUCUCUCUACCGCUCCAAAACGUGGUAUUUCUCCGAACCCAGAUGGAAAAACCUCGAUUUCUACACACUCAUCAUCGCCCUCCCCAUUGCCUCCUUCUGCGAAAUCUUCAUCUUCUUGACCUUCUCCGGUCACCCCACCUACCGAUUUCCAUUUUUCCAGCAAUCAGUGACACUUUUUCUAUUCUGGGCAUUGAUCAUUCUCGUCAUUAUCCGUGAAUACACAGACCCUUUGCUUAUAAAUGAAGGUUUUGUAUUCUUAUUCGCUGGAGUUUCGUUUCUUGUCGAAUAUUCAGUGAUCGGGAAGGGAAUUGCGGGUGUCUCUGGCGCUGUGUAUGAUUUGUUAGGUGCGUUGACUAUCCUUUGUGCAGGUUCUUCCUUGUAUUUAUCGGUCAACCCUUCGGCGUUCUUCGCCGAGUUUUUGUUAUCAUCAGGAUUGGUUUUCAAGGGCACUUGGGUGUUACAGACCGGCUUGUCUUUGUACACCGAUGUAUUUGGUUUAAAAGGGUGCAAAAAAAUAUCGGUAUUGUCGGCUCAGGGGAAUACUGAUGUGCAAUGUGAUCUUCAGGAGGAUAGGUUAAGGGGUGUUGCUCUGAUGAAUUUGCUAUUUACUGGGCAUGCAAUCCUGGUCUUGGCUGUUAGCAUUGUGUUGUUUGGGUUGCUAUCGAGUAACCGGACUUUGAGGUGUGGCGAGGCAAGCGGGCCGUUACUAAUGGAGCUCGAGUGCGAGACAAUGUCGAUGCGUACACAUCCCGAGCUUGAGAUGGACUGA